CAAGCUCUAAAAACACAAACGAGGUCUGCCAUGGCGUCCUCCUCCGACUCCGACUGGGAGAGGCUUCCUCUCAACCUGCAAGAAUCCAUCCUCCUCCUCCUCCCCAUCUCCACCCUACUCGUCUGCAAGUCCCUCUCCCGUUCCUUCCUCCACACCAUCCGUUCCCCCUCCUUCCUCUCCGCCUACUCCCUCCGCCGCUCCCGCCACCUCGACGACCUCAUCUUUCUUCUCUUCAUCGACGGCAUCGGCGCUCGCCGCCCCAGCGCCAUUGCCUUCCUGCCCGUCCGCGCCUCCUGGAUCCACCUCCCCCUCCCACAUUCGCUGUGCCACAUCCACACCUCCAGCGGCUGUCUGGUCGUCGCCGAGAAAUUUGAAGGUGGGCAAUUCGUCUCCGAUCUCCUCUCUAGGACAGUCACCCCCAUCGCCCCGAUGUCGUUUCAUUCCUAUAUCCUCUCACUGGUUGAAGACGAGGCCUCCACGGAGUUUAAGAUCGUGUCUUCCAGCAAGAACGUUAUCGAUGGUGGGAUUCUUCGACCCUCCGAUUGCCAGGUCUAUAAUUCUUCUUCUCGCCGAUGGGAGUCUUCAGGGCAGUUUCCGCAUCACUAUGCGAUGUUAGGCAAUGCGAUCUUGUUGAAUGGUAUGUUGUUUGUUCUUGGAAGAGAUCCCGAUCAUCUACUUGCAUUCGAUCUGAAAACGAGAAUGUGGAGCGUGGUAGAUGAGGAGCUUCCACUUUCUCUAUUGUGCUUUCAUUUGUUGGUUUUCGAGGAGAGGUUAUUCUUAGUUGGUGGUUUGGAUGGAGAAGAAUUGACAAUCACAAGAAUUGAAAUUUGGGAGUAUGAUUUAGUGGAAAAGCAAUGGGGGAUGUUUUGUUUUAUGCCUGAUGAAAUCUUUCUGCAAUUUUGUGGUAACGGUCUUUUUAAUUUUGAUACAAUAGAUCAAUUGGGGAUUGUUUUGUUCUGCAAUACCAGAGAGUUCAGCAUUAUAAUGUUUGACAUGUCCUCAAAGAUUUGGUCACGGGCACCUGACUGUGAACAGCCUAAGAGCAGGAAAUCUUGGAUUGGGCAUGCUUUGGUUCCUUCAGUGCAAUUAUUGAAAUAAGUAUAUGAAGUGGACAGACUUCAAAUUCAAAGAAAGUAUUGUGGUGUUGCUCUAAGAGAGAAGCAUCCAACCAUAUAAAUUCAUCUUCAAGUGCUUGACAUCAAAGUGAAUUGCCUGAAAGGUUAACUUGACCCCUUUUUUUGCUCCCAUAUUGUUGAAAGAAUGUUCUCUACUUUACAAUUAUGAAAGGGUAUUACAAUUCAUUUCGAGCCAUGCCAGAGUUUUAAGUAUAAAAUAUAUUUUAAAAAUUCAAUUUUCCAAAUAAUUCAUCUUCUAUAUCUUCAAAGAAGUACUUAGUCUCUCUUUAAUCUAGGGAAACAAAUUAACGAGGAAAAUGGAAGGGAAAGGAAUUAACUAUAAAAAAAUAAAAAAUGUAAAUUAGAAAAAAAAAGAAAGGAAAGAAAAUAAAUAAAAAUAAAUAACAAAAAACUAGAGUUGUCGAUCCACAUUACGGCUAGGUGAGGCCAUUGCAAGGUCGCAAAAGCCUCUGCCAGGUCACAAUGGCCUCGUGACCUCGUGGAGGCCUCCACAAGUCCAUGAGGUGUUGCGGCCUCAGGAUCUUGUGGAGACCUCCACGAGGCCACCACACUCGUAAGUGCAAGUUGGUGAACGAAAUCAUAAAUUUUGCCCGUGUUGAUCGGCGCUGAUUCCAUGAAAUCAUAUAUUUAAUUUUGGAUCUGUAAAAUUGGAGAUGAAACAUUUAUAUUUUGGUUUAAUGGGCAAUAGAGAUCAUCUUCCGUGGUGAUGAGAAGAAAAACUG